AUGGAGUGGACAGAGAUACAAGCAGGAAUUGAGCACAUGAUCGAUGAAAAGCUACAAGAUCUUCAUUCAACUGUGAAAAGCCAGCGCUUAUUAAUUGAAGAAUUGCUCCAAAAAUUAUCUGCUGAACAUAAUGAAAAACCAGCAAAGCUUAAACCAGGUCUUAGCAUAAAUCUUGAUAAUCUUGCUGAAAAAGAACCAAAAAGACCAAGCACAACUAGGGCCAGUAUCGGAAGAACAGUUCAAUUAGCUCCACGUCCAUCAACUGGCAAUGAAGAAAGCAAAAAGAAGUUUGAGGAAGACCGAAAAAAGAAAGAAGAAGCCAAAAAGUUACGCGAUGAUGAUUUAAAGAAAAAACGUGAAGAAGAUGAUUUAAAGAAAAAGCAAUUGAUGGAAGAGAAAAAGAAAGAACAGGCUAGAAAUGCUGAAGAAAAAAAGAAAAAAGACGAGGAAGCCAAAGAAAAGAAAAGGCUACUUGAGGCUGAGAAAAAGCGAAUUGCAGAUGAGGAGAAAAAGAAAAAAGAAGAGGAGGCCAAAUUUAAACAGCAAGAAGCUGAAAAUAAGAAAAAAGCUGAAGCUGCUAACUCCCCCCCCCCUCCGUGAGCGAACAAAACCAUUAGAAAAAUCACCAUUUUUUGACCAAAAACCCACCCUCCGUGAGCGAACAAAAAUUUUUUUAAUAGAAAAAAUUUUAAUGGAAAAAAAUUUUUGAUAUAUAAGUGAUAAUUAGUAUAAUGAAAUCUAGAGCUAAUUCUGUUUAAUUUUAAACAAAUUGCGUUUUAAAACAUAAAUUUUGCAAAUUAAAUUAAUAUUUGCUUCCCAAUUUUUGCAAAUUAGGAUUUUUUUAAAUUUCGAAAAAAAUAUUUUUUAUAAAAAUUUUAUAUAUAAAUUUUUUUAAAAAAAUUAACCCCCCUCCGUGAGUGAACAAAAUUUUUUUUGUUCGCUCACGGAGGGGGGGGGGGGAAACAACAAGAAGAAAGUAAAAAAGCUGAAGCAAAAAAAGCAUUAGAACUUAAAAAGGCUGAGGAAAAGAAAAAAGCUGAAGAAAACAAAAAGAAAUCUGAAGAAGAUAAAAAGAAAUUUGAAGAAGCAAAGAAAAAGGCAGAGGAAGAAAAGAAAAGUAGAGCAGAGCCAAAGAGAAAUCCUGAAGAAAUUAAGAAAAAGCUAGAAGAAAAGAAAAAACAGCCAGAAAAAAAGCACCCAAAAAUUGAAGAAGAGAAAAAAGAAGUUGCUGUUGAAGAAGUGAAAGCAGUUCCAAGCGGCGAUGAAUGCCAAGGCGAAGAAUCAUGCAAAAGUGAAGAACCAAUUCCAAACACUCUUGAAGAAAUCGAAGCCCUUAUAUCUCAAUUGAAAACUGAUUAUAAAGAAGAAGAGCUUACAGAAGCUAGCGCUUACAUUUUAUCUCCAGGCUCAAUCAGUGCCUUAAGCCUUCUGACUACAAUGGAAGAUGGAAAAUUCUACUUCGACACAAUCCCAGAUAAACAAGUAAUUUGGGCUUUCCGAGUUUUCUUCCAACUAAUGAAGCAAACUCUCCCAGAAGACGAUACAGCUGCAUGGGAACAAUGCCGAGCCUUUUUCCUCGACAUCAAGAACAAAGAUGCUCACGAAGGACAACCUAUCAAUACUGUAAUUAUCGAAAAAAUCCAAACUUUUGAUUUUUCCCAAGAAAACCUCGAUUUGCUUGAAAAUCUUGUUGUUGGAAACCAGCAAAACCUGAACCCUCAAAAAUACACCGAUAUAUGUGCAUUAACUGGACUUAUCAUGUUUACUGUCAGAGAAGCGUUAAUUUUUGGCGGAAUUGCAAAAGGCUCCACUCCAGUCUCUAACAUCUAUGCAAGGCUUCUUCAUAAGAAAUCAAAUUGCAGGAGGCAUAAUUUAAUGGAUUAA